CUAUUAGCUUUAAUUUACAUCAGUAAUUAGGCUAUCGCGUGUUAUUCUCUGUUAUCAAUUUUUCUGCUUAUCUUGAACGUAACGGCUAGUGCAUUUCGUAAAUUAAUUGAAUUCAACCGAAGAAAACAUGUUGUUCUUUGGGAUAUUAUCUAUUGUUUUGGCAGUUGCCUCUGCUGAAUUUUGUUAUUCCGAUGUGGAAGGAGCUUGUAGCAAUAGACCCACUUCGAAUGAUGGUGCAUUGAUUCCCAACUGUAAUGCAAAAUAUGGAGCUAUCGAUUUGCUUCAAGCAGAUCUUCAAUCAUAUGCCAAUGCUAAUAUAGAGUCCAGUUUUGAAUAUUUAUUAAUGUCAACUUAUUUUGGCAAUUAUGUGGCUCAACGUGAAGGAUUCAAAGACUUGUAUCGUAAACUUUCUGAUAAAACAUGGGAGGAUGCAAUCGAUUUAAUUAAAUAUAUUGCCAAACGUGGUGGUAGAAUGAACUUCAAUCAAUUACCGCGCUUCAAGAAAACUCCAAAGGAAAGCAGAGUAUUAGAAUUGAACGAACUUAGCAGCUUAGCUAAGGCACUUGACACGCAAAAACAACUUGCUGAGGAAGCAAUGCGUAUUCACGGCACGGCACAGGCUCAUAACAAGCAUGAUGCAGCUCUGGGUCAUUAUAUGGAAGAACAGUUCUUUGAAUCACAUACUAAAUCUGUACGAGACUUAGCAGGUUAUACAAGUGAUUUGAAGCAGCUAUUAACUGAACGCGACCCAUCUGUAUCUGUAUUCUUGUUUGAUGAAAUCCUGAAGAAAAGUUUGUAACUGUUUGCAACCAAAACAAUAUUAUUAUUAAAAUUCUCAAUAUCAGUAACCUAUGUUCAGAAAAGUAUACUUAUUUUUUAGUUAUACAAAGAUUUAUAUAUGAAAUUAAUAAAUAUACUAUAUAUUA